AUGUCGACACUUGAAGAUGACUUACUGCUCAAAAAGCCAUUUCAGAAGGAAAAACAUGGAAAGGUGGCACAUAAACAAGUUGCAGCAGACUUGCUGGAUAGGGAAGAAGCAAGAAAUAGAAGGUUUCAUCUCAUAGCUAUGGAUGCUUAUCAAAGGCAUACAAAGUUUGUAAAUGAUUAUAUUUUAUACUAUGGUGGUAAAAAAGAAGACUUCAGGCGUUUGGGGGAAAAUGACAAAACAGACUUGGAUGUUAUACGAGAAAAUCAUAGAUUCCUAUGGAAUGAGGAAGAUGAAAUGGACAUGACUUGGGAGAAGAGACUUGCAAAGAAGUACUAUGAUAAAUUAUUCAAGGAAUACUGCAUAGCAGAUCUCAGUAGAUACAAAGAAAAUAAGUUUGGAUUUAGGUGGCGAGUAGAAAAAGAAGUAAUUUCAGGAAAAGGUCAGUUUUUCUGUGGAAAUAAAUGUUGUGACGUAAAAGAAGGCUUGAAGAGUUGGGAAGUUAACUUUGGUUAUAUUGAGCAUGGUGAAAAGAGAAAUGCACUUGUUAAAUUAAGACUAUGCCAAGAAUGUUCCUUUAAAUUAAAUUUUCAUCACAGGAAAAAAGAAGUCAAGUUGAAAAACAGAAAGGGUAGAAUAAAAAAAGAUUGUGAAGAGUCAUCCCAUAAGAAAUCCAGAUUAUCUUCUGAAGAAGAAACCUCAAAGAAAAAGGAUAAAGGACAUUCAUCCUCUAAUAAGUCAGAAGAUUCUGUAAAUAGAAAUUCUGAUGAAGAAGAAAGUGCUUCAGAAUCUGAACUUUGGAAGGGCCCACUCCCAGAGACAGAUGAAAAAUCACAGGAAGAAGAAUUUGAUGAGUAUUUUCAAGAUUUGUUUUUGUGA